UUAACAGCGGACGCAUUAAGAAAUGGCGCUACAUUGUUCGAUGACACUACCCAGAAGUUCGUACAGUUUAACUCGUCCUUCUUGUCAUUGAUUGUUAAUUUUCAUGGCUGGGAAGGGAUCAAAAGGGUUCGCUUUGUUUCAGAUCAAUAGUCAAGAUGUGUGGGAUGCAGACGAUCGGGAAUAUCUGAACAUAAUAUCACCCAAAGUUGUGCAAAAAACAGCACAAAAAGUUCUGGAUAUGCACAGACAACAGUCGGCUAUCGCUGAAAAGCAGGAUGACAGACAAAGAAAUAUUGAAUCUCUUGAUAUUAAAAAUUCACUCGUACUCCCAUAUGACAAAUCCCCGAAACAUGCUCCUGGUAUGGGUGUGAGAUUGAGAGCAAGUCCUGAUGAUUUUCCUGUUGCUCAUCGGAAGCUGUUAGAUCAAGGUCGAACCCAACGUUUCAAUACGUGUGUCAACUCAAGUAUAACAGAUUUAGUUGUAUUGCGUCAACUUUCUUGGUCUGGAAUUCCAGGAGAACUUCGACCAACAGUAUGGAAAUUGUUAUGUGAUUAUCUUCCAACUAGUCUUGAACGACGUGUCACUGUACUAGCGGAUAAACGUAAACAAUAUACACUUUUUGUUAGUCAGUAUUUUCAUUUACGUGAAAAUGUUAAACAUAAACCAAUGUUUCAUCAAAUUCAGAAAGAUUUAAACAGAAUGACAUUACUUUAUCGAAGGCCCGAAAUGGUUGCAAUGUUUGAACGAAUUCUAUUUGUCUGGUCUAUGCGACAUCCCGGAAUUGGUUAUGUACAAGGUAUCAAUGAUUUGUUAACUCCAUUCUUCAUUGUAUUUUUAUCAGAAUACACUCAUGUUGAUUUAGUACCUAGCUUGAUCGAUGGAAAAUCAUCAGAUUUAAAUACAUCAGGUGAAUUAAGCCUACAUUCGGAUAUCACCUGUGAACAAUUGAAUUCAGUUGAAGCUGAUGUAUUUUGGUGUACAUCACACCUAUUGGAUACAAUACAAGAUAAUUAUACAUUUGCUCAACCUGGCCUACAAAACAAUGUAAAAAUGUUGGCUAGUCUAAUUGAACGUAUUGAUACUAAAUUGUAUCAACAUUUUAUACAAAAUGAUGUUGAAUUUUUACAAUUUGCUUUUCGAUGGAUGAAUAAUUUAUUAAUACGUGAAUUACCAUUACGAUGUAUUAUACGUUUAUGGGAUACUUAUAUGUCAGAAAAUAGUGGAUUUUCAAAUUUUCACGUUUAUGUUUGUGCAGCUUUUCUAUUACAAUUUUCUAAUGAUCUCUGCCGUGAACAAGAUUUUCAAGGUAUUAUGUUAUUAUUACAACAUUUACCAACAUUUCAUUGGACUGAUGAAAAUAUUAAAUUGGUACUAGCUGAAGCGUUUCGUCUUCAUUCAUUAUUCAAUUCAGCUAUGCAUCAUUUAGAUUUUCAACGUCAUUCGGAUUUAGAUUAAAAUCAAUCAAUACUUCUGUUGUUGUAUGUUAUCGUAUCUUCUCCCUCUGUGUGUGUGUGUUGUGUGUGGUUGUGUAUCAAUUGAUUGAAGACAAAUACACAAGUACAUGUGUGUGUAUGUAAAAUAGAGAUAAGAAAAGUCUUUCUUACUUCCUCCCUUUUGUAACCGUUUAACGACUACUGCUGUUACAUUUUAUGUCCCAUCAACUACUCUUUCUGUGUAUUAGUAGUAGUAGUAGUAGUAGUCAUUAUAAUGAUAGUUAUAUCCAAAUAAACUUCUUCCAUUUACUUUUACUGCACAUCAGUUAUCUCUUUGCUUAUUGAUUAAUUUGGUUUGAUUUUUGUAUGUAGUAAAGUAUUCCCCCCACCUUAUUUUCUCUUAAAAUGAUAACUGAAUCUCUUGUGUUAGUUACUGCUCAACUCUAUUUAUUGACAAUGGCAUUAUUUUCUCUUUGAUUUCAACUUGUAUCCAGUGUUUUAUAUAUAUAUAUAUAUAUAUAUAUAUAUAUAUAUAUAUAUAUAUAUAUAUAUAUAUAUAUGGAUGGAUGGAUAGUUUGAUUAUUCCUUCGUAAUCUUCAGUUUCAACACGGCAAAGAUACAAUUUAUCUCCCAACAAUACUAUAUAUCUAUCUAUCUAUUAUUGAUACUGUUAUUUUGCUACUUACAUUCUCAAUAAUUGUUUGCUUUUUUUCCAUUGAAAGAUAUUUUUCAUGUAUUAUAGUUAUUUAAAUGAAUAUUAACACAACUAAUUGUUCACAUGUGUCUUUCAACUUUCUAUAAUGCACAUGAUAACAUGAUUUCUCUUUGUGUUGUUAUAAUGUGCCUCUGUAUUUAUGAAUACCCCAUAAUUUCUUAGUUAGAUAAUACGAAAGAGAUAAGUGUUUUGUAUGCAUUUUUAUAGAAUAUUUUGUAUUAGUAUCUAUUGCUUUGUAAAUUCUCUCCAAGGGAAAAGCGCAUACAUUACCCAAUCAUCAGUAUUAUAACACUAUUUCUCUGUAUGUUUUACAAUUGUGUUUUUCUUACUUUAAAGUAUGAUAUUAUUUACAUGUUAUUGUAUUUUUUUCAAGUGAACAAUUUCUACCAUCUAUGAAAAUGGAUAGUGACGAUAAUGUUUUCUUCCAUUUGUUAAUGAUAUACUUAAAAUAUAAGUUUUUGAUUUUUGGAAAAUAUGUUUUAGUAAUAUACAUACAUACAUACAUGUAAUGAAAGGUGAAGAUUUUCAGACUCAUAUGUUUCUUAUUAAUUGUGAAUACGAACGUUUCAGUGUUGCUUUGACAUUCAUAAAGUUUAUUAAAUGAUUCAGUAUCCAAGAUAGUCAUAUUUGUUUAAACACAUGAAAUAUUAGUACAAGG